AUGAAUCCGACGGAUAGGCUUAUUUCAUCAUCAUCAUCUCCCAAUACUUCUUCAUCGUCAUCUUCAAACGAAGAAAUCAACAGCUCAGGAGGAAGUGUUGCCAGCAACAACGACCCCGCCGUCUCAACUGAAAACCAGAAGAGUGGGGGAGUGAGAAAAAAGAACUACAAGCGACAGCAGGACAAGCCCCCCUAUUCCUACCAGGCACUGAUCAUAGCCGCCAUCCAUUCCUCCUCCUCCUCCCCCCACCAGAUGACUCUGCGACAGAUAUUUGGGUUCCUGGAGAAGUCGUUCAGCUUCUUUCGGGGGGAGUAUAGGGGCUGGCGUGAUUCGAUAAGACACAAUUUAACUUCUAGUAGUGUGUUCGAAAAGGUGUUGAAAGAUCCCUCCAAGCCAACCAAGAAGUCAAACUUUUGGAGAGUCAAACUCGAACUUGUCACCACUAUAGUACACAGAGAUGUAGCAGCAAUUCAGGAACUUCUGCGACUGAAAAACAUCAACGGAAACAGAGCCGACAGUUCAAAGGUAGACGGGUACAGGGCAGAAAUUGACGAGAAGGAAAAUUUCGCUAAUGUUGAAGCAGUGAAGUCAGAAGUCACAACAAGCACGCCAAUUGGGAACCAGUUAGAUUUCACCAGUGAACAAUUCUGGGAACCACGAUUGGAAACCAACUACUCAGAUGGUUCCCGAAUCCCACAGACCGGAAACUUCUUCGGUGAUUUUCAUUGGCUCAACCCUCAAACAUGCAGUUAUGAGUACCAGCAAUUGCAUGGAGAAAGAUACACGUUACCCGCACCCGUUCAACUUUCGCCCUUGCAGCCGAAAGUAUUUCAGCCUUCAAUGCAAUUUUUCAACCCUGAUGAAUAUCUUAGGCUUAUGGACCAUCAGAAAAACCCUUCGGCUUAUGGACCACCAAAUGCCGCUUUCAGUAUGCAACCAUACCCGCAGAGUAGCUAUAAUCCUAUGAGCUGCCUGCAAAGUCUAACGAACUUCUAUAACUAA